CCCCCCCCCCCCCCCCCCCCCCCCCCCUCCUCGGCUGACCGGGAGCCGCCAUGGAAUGCCGUGUUCUGUCCAUACAGAGCCAUGUAGUCCGGGGAUACGUGGGCAACAAGAGCGCCUCCUUCCCAUUACAGGUGUUGGGGUUCGAGGUGGACUCCAUCAACUCGGUCCAGUUCUCCAACCACACAGGAUAUUCCCAUUGGAAAGGCCAGGUGUUGACAGCAGACGAGCUCCACGUUCUUUACCAGGGAAUCAAACUGAACAACGUGCACCAGUACGACUACGUCUUGACAGGGUACACCCGAGACACCUCCUUCUUGGAGAUGGUGGUGGACAUUGUCCAGGAGCUGAAGAGAGCCAACCCCAACCUGGUGUACGUGUGUGACCCCGUCCUCGGUGACCAUGGAUCUAUGUACGUUCCUCAAAACCUGUACCCGGUCUACAAGAACAAGGUGGUCCCUGUGGCUGACAUCAUCACCCCGAACCAGUUUGAGGCCGAAUUAUUGACGGGGAAGAACAUCAGCACAGAGAAAGACGCUGUAGAGGUGAUGGACCUGCUCCACGCCAUGGGCCCGGACACGGUGGUCAUCACCUCCUCCGAUCUACCCUCCAGACUGGGAGACCGCUUCCUGGUGUCGCUGGGCAGCCAGCGCCAUGUUCGCCCCGACGGCAGCAGGACGACGCAGAGGGUUCGGAUGGAGGUCCACAAGGUGGACGCGGUCUUCGUAGGAACCGGAGACCUGUUUGCCGCUAUGCUGCUAGCGUGGACCCACCACUACCCCAACGACCUGAAGAUGGCCUGUGAGAAGACCUUCUCAGUGAUGCAUCAUGUUAUCCAGAGGACCAUUUCGUAUGCUCACGAGUUAGCAGGUCCUGGUCGGAGGCCCAGUCCGCCCCAGCUGGAGCUGAGGAUGGUUCAAAGUAAAGCGGACAUAGAAGACCCUGCUAUAGUCAUGGAGGCCAUAGUCCUAUCCUAACAUCACCGACACAUGAGACUCAUACUAACCUAGUCCUCUUCACCCGUAAAUCUCUCAAAUCCAGUAUCUCGGUGAAUCUCUCAUGUCAACACCUCAUCAUCCAGACUCCUCAAAACCCCCUUAGUAUUGUAACCCCUGUAGUCCUUUCAGCCUAAACCCGUUACCCCUUUAAGUCCUCAGUGUCCUGACCCCCUUAACCUGUAACCCCUACGUCCCUUUACCCAAACCCUGUUUUGAAACCCGAGCCAUGGAUAGACAGAGGGCUUGGUUAGGUCGGACCUCCUCUCCAACCAGGUAUGUGAGUGGACUGCAGAGCUGCUUUUUUAGAAAGCUGUGGGGUUUAAGUGUCCACAAGCAUCACACAUAACAUGCAGCAUGUAAAAUACAUACUGGUAAGACUAACCAAGAGGGGGAUAAGGUGUUUUAGAAAAACAUAUUCAGGGUUCAGUCCUUGGCACGAUGAAGUGAAGUGAAGCAAUACUGGGACCAGUUCUAGUUUUUUAAGGGCUCCUGCACACUGCCUGCGUGGCGUGAGCGUGUUAGCUGCGUGGCGUGUCUGUUUUUAUUUUAACUCCCAUGUUAACAGGUCAGAGUUUGCACACCGCCCGUGUGACACGCACGUCUCCAGCACGACUCCAGCCACAACUCCAGCCACGACUUGAGCCAUGUCUCUGGCACGACUCGAGCCACGGCGACGACUCGAGCCACGAGUCGAGUUAGACUCGAGCCACGUCUCCGGCACGACUCCAGCCACGACUUCAGCCGCAACUCGAGCCACGACUCGAGCCGCAGCGACAACUCGAGCCACGACUCGAGCUGCGGUGACGACUCGAGCCACGUCUCCGGCACGACUCGAGCCACGACUCGAGCCGCGGCGACGACUUGAGCCACGACUCGAGCCCGUCUCCGCCACGACUCGAGCAGCUAGACAGUCUCCGCCACGCCUCGAGCCAGUCUCCGGCUACGCCUCAGCCCAAUCUCGAGCCGACCAGCGACGACUCUUGACCACGCCUCGAGCUACGACUCGGUAGCCGAACCCCGGCGAAUACUCGAGCCACGUCUCCGCCACGACUCGAGCCACGUCUCCGGCACGUCUCUAGCCACGACUCGAGCCGCGCCGACGACUUGAGCCACGACUCGAGCCAUGACUCCGGCCACUUCACCCCCCCCCCCCCCCGCCCCCCUCCGCCCGACUCGGACCACUUCUCCGCCACGACUCGAGCCACGUCUCCGUCACGACCCUCAACCACGACUCCUCCCGCUCUAGCCACGACUCGUGCACGACUCGAGGCCACUGCAUAUCGAGCCACGUCUCCGCCCCCGACUCGAGCCACUACCGUGCACACUCGACCACGCGAAGACUCACCACUUCGAGACUUUAAAGCCAGAUUCCCGGCACAAACUCGAGCCACGACUCGAGCCACGUCUCGGGCCACGACUCCGGCCACGACUCGAGCCAUGACUCGAGCCACGUCUCCGGCCACGACUCGAGCCACGGCGACGACGCGUGCCGAGACAUAUUUUUCACACGCAAGCGUUUCCAGGCAACAUUGAAUACGAAAAAGGUCUCUAGGUUUUGACAUUAAUGCAGAUAUGAAUGUAAUUUUAAAAAGUAAUGAAGAAUAACUAUUGAUUUUCAAAUAUUCUGCAGCCUAGUUUUCCUCCAAUACUGCUGACGUUGACUUUGCUGUUAUCAAAUCAGUAUAUAUAGUUAUGGUUAACACGUAGUAUACUGCUGCUUGAGUGCUCUCUCCCCAUGUGUCAUGUUAUCAAUGGGAAACAUACGUGUGCAUGGACAAGGCCAGCAGCCGUGUCAGACAUGUUUCUGGUGUGCAGAGACGAAGACGAAGAAGACGCCACGCAGGCAGAGCGCAGGACGCCUAACUCUUCAGUGGGGGGGGUGUUGAUGUCACAGUGGACUGACCCACCCUGGGGUGCUCCUCUACGCCAAUGCAGUGAGAAAUUAACCCGCCAAGAGGUUCUAAUUAGGGCUGGGUAUCGCCAAUGAUUUCCAAAAUCGAUUUUAUUCAGAUUCGCAGGGUCCCUCAAAUAUUGUUUCAUAAUGCACCAGGUUAAUGUUUGUCCUUAGGUCAAAUUUGACCAAUUUUCAGUUAAUUUGGGGGUUUUUUUUGGCACAAAAAAUGGGCUGUCGAAAUAACCGCUGAAAAUGUCAACACUAAAAAUCACCCACAACAUUGAAAAAGUGACAAAAAAUGCCGGAAAAAGCGAUAAUAAUGUUGAAAAAAAGUGACCAACUUGUUGUUUUUUCAUGGUUUUUCAUGGAAGACAACACAAGGGUUAAAUUAUGAAUUGACACCCAAAAUGUUCGUGGUGGGUCACACAUCCGUUACAAGGGUUUUUUUAAUCAAUAUUAAUUGGAGAUUUUUUUGUACCCAGCCCUGGUUCUAAUGCAGCGGGGACUGCAUUGACAGCAAUUUACCCAAAAGUGAUCCAAAUUGCGUCCAGCUGCUUAAUAUUCUCCAAAACUCUACCUCGAAAUUAUGAAAUAUAAACCUAGCCUACUUUAUUGCUCUAUUACUGCCAUCAACUCACGUUUCACGUUGACAGAAUGCACUGUAGUCGGUAUAUAAGACUCUAUAUAAGACUCUAAUGAUCCAACCCUGUUUAUCUAUGGCUCUGCCCCCCCCCCCCCCCCCCCCCCCCCCCCCCCCCCCCCCACCCCCCCCGUCUUACAGCAGUGAUGUAAUGGUGACCAAGUCUAACUAACCCCAUUAGACCCCUUCAAGAUAUAACAAGUGAAAA